AUGGAGAACAACCCGCCGGCGUCGGUUAGCGAUGACGCGGUGAUGCGGGAGGAGGGGGACACGCUGCGGAAGGAGGAGGGGCAGGAAUCGGCGGUGGAGAAGAAGGAGGUGGUGGUGGGGAAGGAGGUGGAAGGAGCAGAUGUGGAUAUGGGAAAAGACGGUGGUGGUGAUGGUGUCGUUGAUGCGCCCCCACCCCCGGUGGCUGGGGAGAUGCUCCCCGUGGCGGCACCUCCACCGCCUCCACCACCGCAGCAAUCGCCAGCGCCAGCGCCAGCGCCAGCGAGCGAGGGCGAGAGCGAGAGCGAGGACAAGGGCAAGGACACAGACACGCCGAUGCAGGUGCAGGUGCCGGAGAAAGCGGGCAGCCCAUUACCGUUGCCAUUGCCGGAAGUGCAGAACGCGGGGGAAUCGAUUGUGCAGAUACAGACACAGACUCAGACACAGACACAGACACAGACACAGACGGAGGACCAUCCAAUGUCUGGAACCGACGAUGCUCACCCACCACCCUCACCGCCCCCACCGUCCCCACCGCCUAUACCAGAAGCAGUAGAAGAAGGCGCACAAUUGCUCCCCGCUGAAGCCACACCCGCGGCGGUAGAGCCCUCCCUCGACGCCCUCGACGCAUUCGGCCUCUCGCCCGCCCUCCCCCUCCCCAUCGCCGCCGACCCACACCCUCACCCCCCACCCCCACAACAACCUCAACAACCACACCCGCCCUCCCCCCACUCCCAAUCCCCACCGCCCCACAGCAGCCCCAAUCGCAAAUCACGCCCUCCCCCGUCGUCCACCCCGGCGAACUCCACGAGUUCCUCGCCGACCCCGACCCACGCGCGCGCCGCCGCAGCAGCAGCAGCAGCAGCAACAGCAGCAGGCCUCGCUGCAGGACCUGGUCGAGUGCGCGGCGCACGUCAUUAA